AUGGUCGCGGGGACCCACUGGCGCGGCAUGUUCGAGCAGCGCUUGAAGGAUGCCAUCAAGAAGGCCGAGGAUUCCGCCGGCAAGCUCAUCCUCUUCAUCGACGAGAUGCACAUGAUUGUUGGUGCCGGCGAUCAGCGUGGUGGCACCGGCGACGCCGCCAACAUCCUCAAGCCCGCGUUGGCCCGUGGCCGCAUCCGUUGCAUAGGUGCCACCACAACCGAAGAGUACCACAAAUACAUCCAGAAGGAUGCCGCGCUCGAGCGGCGCUUCCAAAGGGUUGACGUCGACGAGCCGACCGUCCAGGCAACCGUUGCCAUCCUGCAGGGGCUGAAGCAGCGCUACCAAGACUACCAUGGACUCACAAUUCGCGACGAUCCUCUGGUUGUUGCUGCGCACCUCGCCGGCCGUUAUAUUACAGGUCGCCAGUUUCCUGAUAAAGCAAUUGAUCUGAUGGACGAGGCAUGCACUUCUGUGAAGUUGCAUCAACCAAAAAGGUUAAAGAUAAGAAAACUAGCACAGGUUGUGAGCCGAUGGACUAAAAUUCCGAUCGCUACACUUGGCCGAGAGGAAGAAAAGUUUAGCCACCUAGUAGACAGAUUGCAUGAGAGAGUCGUUGGACAGCAUGAAGCGGUUAAUUUGGUUGUGCAAGAAGUGUUGCGUUCUAGGGUCGGCUUUGAUCAAUCUAGCCAACCAAUCGGUUCUUUUCUAUUUUUGGGGCCGACUGGUGUUGGGAAGACAGAGCUUGUGAAAGCACUUGCCGAGAAGCUGUUUGACAAUGAGAAGAUGUUGGUCCGCUUUGACAUGUCUGAAUAUGCCGACAGUGGUUCUGUGCAGCGUCUCAUUGGAGGACCUCGAAGCUAUGAAGAAGAUGGACAGCUUACUGAUAAAGUAAGGAGCCAACCAUAUAGCGUUGUUCUUUUUGACGAGGCGGAUAAGGCGCAUCCCUCGAUAUUCAAGGUUCUCAUUCAACUCCUCAAUGAUGGCGUGUUGAUUGAUGGAAAAGGACGGAGCGUAUAUUUCAAGAAUACUAUCAUCAUCAUGAGCUCAAAUCUAGGAGCAGAGAACCUGUCAGCUGGAAUGGCCGCAGAAAACAUGGAAACUGCACGGGAUCUUCUUAUGGAAAAGGUUGAGAAACGGUUUAAGCCUGAAUUUAUCAACAAACUGAGUGAGACUGUGAUAUUUGAGCCGCUUUCGCAUGACGAACUGAGGGAGAUUGUGAAAAUCCAGAUGAAGAGUGUUGUUGCUAUGGCAGCUAACAAGGGCAUCUCUCUGUUUGCAUCAGAUGCCGCCUUGGACGUCAUUUGGUCAGAGUCGCACGACACGGUGUAUGGCGCAAGGCCUAUUAAGAGGUGGAUGAAGAAGAAUGUGACGAGAGUUCUCGUGGACAAGCUGGUCAAUGGAGAAGCAUGCCAAGGAUCGACCGUCUCCAUCGAUGCCGUCGAUGAUAGGAAGGGGCUGAAAUACCACGUACUGAAGUAG